AUGGCGUUCCGCGGGCUGCGCCGUGCCCCUGUCACGGCGAGCAGGCUACGGGGGCGUACCUUGGCGACGCAAGCGGCCGCUGAGGCCACCGUCCAAGUAUCGACGCUGCCCAACCAAGUGCGUGUAGCCACCGAAGCUACCCCUGGUCAUUUCAGUGCGGUGGGUGUGUAUGUGGAUGCAGGCUCGCGCUUCGAGCGGCCAUGGGUCCCUGGCGAGAGUGGUGUAAGUCAUAUUUUGGACCGUAUGGCUUUCAAAAGCACACAGACACGCUCGUCUUCCGACAUGGAGCAGUUGAUUCAGGCGGUUGGCGGCAACGUGAUGUGCUCGUCGUCGCGUGAGACGAUGAUGUACCAAUCCUCCGUGUUCAACCAGGAUGUGCGCACGGUCAUGGAGUUGUUGUCCGAUACCAUCCGCCACCCUUCGCUGGAUGCCAACGAAUUGGCCAUCCAGCGCGAAGCAGCAGCAUGGGAAGUCUCGGAAAUCUGGACCAAGCCCGAUAUGAUCCUCCCGGAAAUUCUGCAUUCGACAGCGUAUGCUAACAACACGCUGGGCAACCCGCUGUUGUGCCCCAUGGAGAGCUUGGAUGUGAUGACCACGGACAAUCUGCGUGCCUUUUUGCGUGGAUGGUACCGCCCUGAGCGUAUCGUCGUAGCGGGGGCAGGUAUGGCGCAUGACGAGUUGGUGGGCCUCGCGACCGAGUUCUUUGGCGAUAUGGCCGUAGAGCCACAAGACCCUGUUAUGGCGCAGUUGGCCAAGGACCAGGCGCAGUAUACGGGUGGCGAGCUGUAUCUCCCAGAGCCGUCGAACGAGUUCACGCAUGUUUAUGUGGCAUACGAAGGCUUCUCGAUCCAUGACGAAGACAUUUAUGCCUUAGCUACGUUGCAGAUGCUGCUGGGUGGCGGUGGCAGUUUCAGUGCAGGUGGGCCAGGCAAGGGUAUGUACAGUCGGUUGUACACGAACGUCCUCAACCAGUUCCACGCGGUGGAUCACUGUGCCAGCUUCCACCACUGCUAUGCCGACUCGGGACUGUUUGGCAUUUCGGCAAGUGUGCACCCAAGCUUCAACUCGACGAUUCCCUACGUGAUUGCCCGUGAAUUGGAGCUGUGUACGUCGGGCAUGUACCGUGGCAGUGUGACAGCUGCCGAGUUGGAUCGAGCGAAAAACCAGCUGAAGAGCAGUUUGAUGAUGGCGCUGGAAAGCCGGCUGGUCGAAGUAGAAGACCUGGGCCGCCAAGUCCUUGUGCAUGGCCACAAGAUCAGUGUGCAGGAGAUGUGUGCAGCGAUUGACCGUGUCGACUUGCCGACCUUGCAUCGCGUAGCGACGCGCGUCCUCAAGAGCGGCAAGCCUAGCACGGUCGUUACACAGGGUCAGCUGGAUGGCCUUGAAGACGUGCGAGCCUUACUGGCAUCGCGUGGCAUGUAA